AUGGGUCGACUCGCGGAAAUGCAGCGUAAGCUGCUAGAACAAAUGAUGGGGCCAGAGGCAAUGGGAGCGGUCAAUGCCAACUUGCAGUGGUUCGACGAGAAAGUUUGUAGGAAUUUCUUGUGUGGCACUUGCCCUCAUGCUUUGUUUACAAACACGAAAAUGGACCUGGGUCCCUGUCCCAAAUCCCACACUGAGCGUCUCAAAACAGACUUUAACGAAGCUCGCGAAAAGAAUCCGAGCGACCCGAGAUUCGACCAGUUCCAGCGCGAAUAUGAGGCUAAUAUUUCAUCAUUCGUCGAGGAAUGCGACCGCCGUAUCCGGGCUGCGCACCGACGCCUAGAGAAAACACCAGAAGAGAACGCAAAGACCACAAACUUGAUGCGUGAAAUUGGUGAAAUUGAACUUGCUAUUCAAGGUGGCACAGAAAAAAUCGAGAGUCUUGGUGAGGAGGGCAAGGUCGAAGAGUCCAUGAAGGAAUUGGAGGCCGUCGAAGCUCUAAAGGCUGAAAAGACCGAGAAGGAGCGAGAACUACAACAACUCACCGACACUUCCGGAGCUUCCGGUCACCAAAAAUUGCGUGUCUGCGACGUCUGCGGUGCAUAUCUCUCUGUACUCGACUCGGAUCGUCGUCUCGCCGACCAUUUCGGUGGCAAGAUGCACUUGGGAUACUUUGAAUUGCGCAAAAUGCUCGACGAGCUUAAGCAACGGAGAAGUCAGGGUGGACGCGGCCCAAUGGGUCCUCCACCAGUUCCUGCGUCCGCGCCUUCCGGACCUGGUGCUUCUGCUCCAGAUGGUCCUCGCGACCGGGGGUACGAUAGGGACAGAGAUCGUGAUCGUGAUCGCGACCACCGCGAUGGUCACCGUGAUCGUGACCGAGACCAUCAUUCAUCACGCUAUGACCGAGACCGUGAUCGCGAACACCGUGACAGAGACCCCAGGCGAGGCGACCGAGAUAGGUCUCGUUCUCCUCGGCGUCGCUACUAA